GCAGUUCUUCGGAGUACGAGAGCAGAAGAAGAAAGUCGAAGAAACCCGCGACGUACUUGCUGAGAACGACUCCUGCAAUGUGACGUCAGCAUGAGUGUGAUCACCUACCCACAGCCCUGUGCCACAUCAGGAACAAAGGGUACAUCGGUAAAUUCGUGGAAUGGAAAUAGAUCCCGGCUGCUUCUUGCUGCACUAAGCAGCAAGAAGUCAAAUGAAUUGGUGACCUUCUGUCUUUCUCAAGCAGCUUUGCUAACAUGUGCUAUGCUUAGCAACUGCUGAAUUCAGUUGGAGUGCAUGAAGGUCAUUGCAUUCCGAAUUGCAUAGCAACAGAAGCCCGGCGGAACGGAAAAGAUUGAAUCGGUGGACAAAUUGUGGAUUCGAAGGUGCAGCGAUGUGUGUAGGAACGCCAGACCCAAGGACGGGGAACUGAUUACUGAAUCUGGGGAGUCCAGUCGACUUCUCAUCAAGUGGUGCAGCUUUACCUUCUUUGAGUCUCUUUCUCUUGCUGCCACACAUUCGUCUCCUAUUGAACGCAAUCAUCUAUUUUGCCUCGCGCAGUCAGGACUCGGAAGGUGAAGCUGGAGAUGAAAGAGAACGCCUGUGAGUUCUCCAAUAAGGAAGUACCACGAAACUUUCUGAGUACUGUCCCGCGUUUCCCGAGCGUGUUGUGGUGUCUUGAGCACAUUUGCAGGCAUAUUUUACUAGACGAGAGCAGCUUUUGUUUCUCGUGUCUCUCAAUGAACAGUCUGGACUUAAUGCUCUCCAGAUGUGAAAUAGCCUGUCAGCCUGAACUGGCAGAGCACUAUUGUGAACCUUUUCCAUGAUAAUACUCUUCUGCCUUCUGCUCGAUCACCGCCUUCAAAGGACCUGAAGGGCUCAGUGAAUCCAUUUCACAAUCUCUGGAUGUGCUUUAGAUCCAAGGCCCCCGAGGACCCAAGAUUCCGUAUUCCUUGCGUGUCUCAGACAGAAGAAUAGAAUUUGCGUCAACUCGGAAUUGUACUCGAGCGGAAAAAGUUAAAUCUGUCCUCAGAUUAUGUUGUUUCGGUGAAAAUCAUGGAGUCUCUAGAUUGUUCGUGGGGAAACAUGUCAUGCACAAGAUCGAUCAUUUGCAUCAUUGUACUCAG